AAUGAUCUUUCUUCUGCUAGAUUUAAUGCCCAAUGGCAUAAGCUUAUUGCAAUAUAUUCUAAUGCAACUCAUUACCUUAAUUUUGAGCUUUAUUCUAGCAAAAAAAGGUGGUCUAAAGCAUAUAUAACUAAAUAUUUCACAGCUGAAAUCUUAUCAACUUCAUGUGUUAAAAGCAAAAAUUCAGUAAUAAAAAGUGUUCUUCAAGAUCAUCCUAGUCUUUGUGAACUUGCUGCUAUAUUAGAUCUUUAG